UACAAUGUGUGUGUGUGCGUGUGUGUGUGUUCAUGUAAUAACUCCAACAGUAGGAGCAGAGGGAGAAGGAGCAGGAGACAGGCGUGAGCCACAGACUGUGUGGAGACUCCUAUCAGAAAGUAAACUGAACAAAAUAAAUAAGCAUGGAUCAACAAAUUAACCUUAAAGUGUCCUUUGCACAGAGGAUAGUGAGGGUGGGGGUGGUUUUUCAGGAGACGUGUUACGGCCUUGAAGAGAGAUCCGUUUGUCUUUUUCUUGCUGGGAGUCUUUACGCCUUCAGCACGAGGGAGAGUGACAUCACCACGAGGACAAAUUUGGCCUGGUCUCAGUUACGUGUUAGCAAUUUCUUGUCAACAUGCGCAGAGAACAGAAGCUUCUGCGCAGGUCAAACCAAUGCAAAUAUUAGAGCGGUGUACAAAAGAGGCUUCAGGGUACUGGCUCAUUCUGUGACAUGUGGCUAAAAGUACACAUCGGAGGUGACACAGUUCCUGAGAGCUAUCACCUUACUGUACCUUGUUGGGACAGGCUGACAUUGAAAUAGGCUGCCAGCUGCCGACGGGUAGUUUGUCACUGGCAUUAGGAAGUAUUCAAUAGCUUUCUCAGCUUGAAGAGUGCUCUGUGAAUGAAGUGACCAUAUGUACUAAUGUACACUGCACGUAGACUCUGGAGGCGACUAACAAGUCCUUCAUAAGUGACUGAGUGUGUGACCAGAUAUGACAGAUAAACAUAAGUAGAGGAAAGGACUUCCUUGACUUCUUUUCUUUCCCCAGUUUGCAUAAAUAUUAACCACACAUGUUUUGUAGAUUGUGUAACCAGCUAGUUUGAUGUGAGUCUUGUGUUAUCUGGAAUUAGCUCUGUCAAAAUGUCUAUAAGCAUGGUUUGUUUUUGCAAAAGAGGAGCAAAACGCAAAAUUUUAAACUGCAAAACAAUUCAUGCUUAAGAAAUGUAUGCAACUGCAUCUGAAUAGUAAUGAAACCAGUGAUGUCUCCUGCUUAAAAACAGGUCGUGCAGGUAGGCAUUAAGAUACUGAACUGAAAAGCAGGCUGGAAUUUUUUUUUUCAUCUUAACACUUCAGCCAAGCUGCAAGGUGAGAUGCUUGCUGCUCUCUGCUGUGUGCAGCCGUGCGCUCUGCUGCGGUGCGCCUCGCCUCGCCUCGCCCCUCCCAUCCCUCCGCUUAAACUCUCCUCUGUGCUCACCAAUAAAGCGCUUUUUGUCCAAGGGAGUCAGCACUUGAGCGCAUUCCUUGACGUGGAGGUCGGUGUACCUCUCCAAGGAUUUGAGGAAGACCGUUUGUUAACAAGUUUAAUACGUUCACAGAAACUUUUUUUUUUUAAAUGAGUGAGAGAGCGCACACUCGGAAAACUACGAGGUCUGGAGUUAUAUCGGGGAACUGCUCCGUUUGGAUAAAGACAGAAGCGCGACUGCGCUCACAAUUUCACUUCUUCGAAGUUUAGGGCAAAAGAAGACCUUAAACCAAGAAAAAAAAGUGGAGCAAGAGUAGAGGAGGAAGCUUCUUCACUGGGCUGAGCAUGGGGAGAGAAAGAGUCUACACCAUGAAGGUCUUUCUCACUCCACUGAUGCCCUUUCUACUCUUCCUAAUCCUUCCUGAUGGCACCAUGUCCAGUGACUGCCCAAAGGACUGCACCUGUUCUACACCAGACUCCAUCUUAUGUUUCCAGAGACGCUCAUCAACCAUUCCCAAAGGAAUGCCCACAAUCACAAAAAGCCUUUACCUCUUUUCCAAUGGUAUUGAGGGCUUGACAACUGAGGACUUUGUUGGUCUGGAUAACCUGGAAAUGCUGGACCUCAGUCAAAAUAAACUGACUGAACUUCCUGAGAGGGUUUUUGAACAUUUGACCUCUUUGAGAAACCUGGACUUGUCAUCCAACCAGAUCACCCACAUUUCAGAGGAAUGCUUCCAGGGUAUGGCACUGCUUGAGCGCCUUUAUUUGUAUAGUAACCAUAUCGAAACCAUCCACCCUGCUGCCUUUCAUGGUUUGGAGCACCUGCUGGAACUCAAACUGCAGGGCAACCAGUUGACAUCCCUGCCUGCUCUCUCAAUGCCACAGCUGCUGCUGCUAGACCUUCGCUUUAAUGUCUUACCCACCUUGGGUCCUUCAGACCUGCAGACCCCAAACCUGGAGUCACUCAAAUUGGGUGGCGUGGGUCUCACCAGCUUGAAUAAGCAGCUCAUUAGUAAUUUAAAGAACCUUCACGAAUUGGACAUUUCAUGGAACCAUCUUGAGUCCUUCCCCUCAGUGCUAAAGGAAACCCAUGGGCUGAUUCACCUCAGCCUGGCUGGGAACCCAAUGGGUCCACUUAAGGUUCAGGACUUUCAGACCCUUGGAGAGCUUCAGGAGUUAGACAUUAGCAGCCUCAGUCUGCAGGGCCUCCCUGAAGAAUUCUCCCAGCUCUUACCACACCUCAGAAAGCUCACAGUAGCAGAGAACCCCUUCAACUGUCUCUGCAACUUAGCAUGGUUCCCAAGAUGGCUGAGAGCCCAGAGCAUCACUCUGGAGAGAACAGAAGAGACCCGCUGCCAUUUCCCACCUAUCAAUGCUGGAAAGGUAUUGGAAAGACUGGAGCACAGGGAUUUUGGCUGUCCUACCACAACUACAGUCACCACUAGUACAGUCAAAACUACUACUACUCUGCCUGUUCCCGUCACUACCUUGCCAAGUACAACUAAACCUAUUCCAGUCCUCAGGGCAAGUGACAACCCCACAAACAAAGACGAUGACUCUCUCCUGCCCCCUGUCCCUGCAUCCCCCAGUAGCAGCAGCUUGGAUUCAGAUGAGGAGCAGCAUUUCUGUCCCUCUCACACCUGUCUGAAUGGCGGUACUUGUCGCCUUGACCAGCAUGGUCAGGUAGAGUGCACCUGCCCACAUGGCACCUCUGGCAUGUAUUGUGAAAUCCAAAAUAAUCACCCGCCUUCACCACCAGAGGCUAAAAUCCCUAUGGCAACUGUCACUGUAGAUGCACCAGAUAUCAGGUCACAUGAAGUAACCACAACUACAAUCCUGCUGGACUUCCACCGCUACAUUAAGAUGCGGCCUUACAUCCGCGGAAUACGCCUAACCUACCAAAAUCUCUCUGGUCCAGACCGCAGGCCGAUUCAACUCAGUCUACCAGCAUCCUUCCCAGAGUACAGACUCAGAGGCCUUAAGCCUAACUCCACCUACAGUGUGUGUGCCAGUCCACUCGGUGCCCCCAGUGGCAUAGACCGUGUCUGCACUGAGGCCCAAACAGCUGAAAGUGUCAGCAGCCAUGAUGCACGGUUUGUUGACCAGAGACUGACCACUAUGUUGGUGCCUGCAAUUGCCAUCUUGCUACUGCUGAUACUGAUAGCAAUAGCAGUGGGGAUGGUAUGCUAUCUUCGGAGGAAGAGGGCCAAAGGCCACUUGGACCUAGACUGUGAGCCCUCUCAGCUAGAGUUGGAUGGAGUUAAGGCUGGCUUGGACAAUGGGGCACUGCCUCAAAAACAGCCCCAACUUAUGAUUCCUGAACCUGCUGUUCAGAAUGGCAAUCUGGAAUAUGAGGUGUUGCUACUACAGGAUCACUGUACAUCAAAUAACAAUAUGUCUUCACACAAGCCUUCCUACUUUUGACAUCUGGCUUGGAGUACGCAGACUUAAAGGAGGAUUUUAACUCUUCAGCUAUGUUUUCCUCACAGGUGUGAAAUACAGAGAGCAGCAACGGCUGUUGUGAAAAAGGAGGACGCGGUAUCAGUCAGUUAACCAGCGAAGGAGAAACUGGACAUGUUUUUAACUCAAUGCCAACCAGCUGUCUAAACUGACAUUAAACAAGUUCAAAAACAUUUGUUUAGACUUUAAAAAGCAUUGAAAGUGCCUCUAUUCCAUUUACAUGCUGCAUCUUGCUUUAGUAAUAUUUCCUCACUCACAUUGCUGGACUGGCAACCUAUCUCCCAAACUAUGAUGCUGAGACUGAUGGUGAGUUGUCUAGGGUUAAAGGACAUAGUGACCUCAUGCCCUCCUUUAUCUGCUCAUAAAGGAGUGCACUGAAAUGGGAUUGUGCUGCCUUUUCCCCAUCAUGACAGCCUAACUAAACACUACCAGCCAAUGUUUUUGCUGCAUGUUGUAACUCCUCAGUACUACCCCAAAGGGAUCAGUACUUGCUGUGAAUGACCUUUAAGACACCAAAUGAAGUCGUGCUGAGAAAAUAGCUGAUGCUUGUAUUGCUUUAUUUGGCUCUUAAACGCUUGUGAUUUUUUUUGUACGUAUGUUUUUUUUUAUACCUGUGUCUUCGUUAUUUUUUUUAUUGUGCAACAUUGUGACUGUUAACAGCUCUCUAUGUCCUCUACCCCCUCCCUCCUCUUGUGACUAACAGACAAAACAGCAGAUUAAAAUCUUUGAAGAUUAAAACUUGUUUGGUACCAGCAAAGUCAAUCAAAGAGCUUUGCCCCCAGAAUGUCAGACAGUCUAAGUAGAUGUGAGUCUGGACAGACUCGAGACUAAAUCCCCCUUCUUGAUUUUGAAGCCGUCAGUCUGCUUUACCGUCACAAAAGGAAAAGGUAAGCAGGAUUACUUAAGUUACAGAGGGAAGCAGUUGACUGAACCCCUUCUGUUUCAGCGCUGCACUGAGUUUCAACCAGUUUAGAGGUUGCCUUAAUUACAGUAAGCACUCACAUGACUAUACCACAGCAAGAGAGAACUUCAGAUACUUUAUUUAUUAUUUAUAUUUCCUGUUUUAUCCCUCAACCACAAUUCACAUACAACAUACUACUCGGCCUGGCCCAAAAUAAGCAAAUAGUGGUUGUGCAUUGUGUUUCCCUUGACUAAAAUUAACCUGCUCAGUGUAAUGCUGCAAUUUUUCCUUGGCAAGGAGUGUCUCAGUUUUGCUCACUUGCACCUAACCAGAUGCACAGCGUAAAUGGUUGUGUAGAGGACAAUGAGAUUUGCAAAGUGGGAGAUCUACUGUAAGGGUAUUAUUGCAGACACAGAAGGCAGAGAUACAAAUCUGUGAAAAUAGGCCAAAUAAGGACUUAAAGUAACCUUGUGGUGUGUGUGUGUGUGUGUGUGUGUGUGUGUGUGUGUGUGUAUGUGUGUGUGUGUGUGUGUGCACAGGCGUAGAUUUGUCAACUUCCUUGAUAAUGCAAGAACGUGUUCUAUCUUGUGCAAAGACCUGCAGACAUCAAGUUACUAUCAGUUACCCCCUCUUUGUGGCCGCAUGCCAAGAAUUACAUUAAGCCCCAAACAACUCCACCUAUAGGCAAAGACACCAAAGACACAUCUGUGAAUUUCUGUAAAGUUACCCACAGUAUUCCCAGCACACAAUUACCAGUUCCAUACUACAACAUGCAUUGAGAAGCCACAGAAAAAACAAUCAAGCAAUGCAACUGGAAUAUUUGUCUGUAAAAUAGAAUACAUUGAAGAUAACCAAAAGUAUUUUCAAUGUGAUUGUUAAUUUUUCCCUGUUUAUUUUGGGAAGCUCCUUGUUGUCAUUCUUUUUUUUAUUUUUUAUUCUGUGAACUUAUUUGUACAAAUGGAAAAGUGAUAUUAUCAUUAAAUGAAUAUCCAAAAAUACAAUGGGCCAGAUUGUCUCCUUCUUUGUAGUUUCCACCUUUUGCUUGUAAGUGGAAGGAUUAGAUUGACAGGCAAAGGGGGGAUUAUGUUUGUCGUUAACUUCCCUCUCUUUUAAGCAAUCACUCAACAGAGCAAGGGGAAAGAUCACAGGAGGGGGACUCCGGGAAAGAGAAAGAGAAGGGAACAAAGGUACAAGUGCAGGUCUGAUUAUGAUGGAUAUG